AUGUCAAACUCUUCACUCGCUUCGCUCUGCUCCUCGGGGAAUAUCCCAAAGCCUACGCUCUUUGGCGCUGAGAUCCUUUCGCUCACCAGCAAUCUGGUCUCCAAUUACAGCACUUACGUUCCGGACACUUAUAACUACAAUCACCCGUCGGUCUUCGUCGAUAAUGUCGACUACUGCAACAUUACUGUCACAUACACCCAUCCGGGGCAGAACGACAAGAUCAAUGUCGAGGCCUGGCUCCCCUUGGAAUGGAACGAAAGACUGAUGGCUGUGGGCGGUGGCGGUCUGGUCGCCGGCCGCUUCGUACUCUCCUACUUUUUCAUGGCUGGGGCGAUCGGCCAAGGAUACGCAACGGUGACCGACGCUGGCACUUCGACUGAUCCGGCGACUGGUCUGACCGAGCUGCUGCUGGAGCCGGGAAACAUGGACUGGAAUGCUGUACAGAACUUCGGCUCCAGAGCUUUGAACGACGAGUCCAUUAUCGCGAAUGACUUGGUCGCGAGCUUCUACGGCCGCAAGCCCCAGUACUCGUACUGGAGCGGCUGCUCCCAGGGCAGGCGGCAGGGCCUCAUGCUUGCCCAGAGCUGCCCGACCGCCUACGACGGCAUCGUGGCCCCGGCGCCCGCCAUCAACAUCCCCCUAUUCGCGCCCAGCCUGUACUGGCCGCAGCUGAUCAACGCCCUCACGGACGCCGCCGUGGCCUACUGCGACGCCAAGGACGGGUUCGCCGACGGCGUCAUCUCGGACACGGACGGCUGCGACUUUGACCCCUUCUCGGUGGUGGGCGAGUCCUUCGACUGCUCGGACACGGGCUCCGCGAUGCAGAUCAGCCAUGGCGCUGCCCUUGUCGCGAUCGCGACCUGGGCCGGGCCGUUUGCGGCUGAUGGAACGCGGCUGUGGUACGGCCUUGAGAAGGGCACCUUUCUCGCCGGGUGGCGAGGCGAGGGAUGGCUGGCGUACGACGCUGUCAAGGAUCCCUCCUUCGACUCGGCGAACCUGACCCUGGAUCAAUACUCCUGGUUGAUGCAUAACAGUGAGACCGAGUGGAAGUCCCUCUGGAGCACGAACGAGCCGGACCUGUCCGCGUACCGCAACGCAGGUGGCAAGAUCAUGACGUACCACGGACUCGCCGACCCGAACAUCCCGCCCAAGGGUAUACGCGACUACUACGAGCGGGCAGCCGACCACCAUCUUCGACCAGAUGCGCGCGCGCAUCUGGUCGAGAACGGCACCGUGCCCGAGACGCUCCCUAUCAGCUUCACGGACACCAAGAACGAGACGCAGAACCGGAUCCUGUGCCCUCUCCCGCUCAAGACCACCUUCAACGCCACGUGUGGUGAUGGAGCGAGGGCGGAGUGCUUUAACUGUGCCGAGAAGUAA